CUGAGCUUUCCAAUCACGCGAUCGAGGCGACAGUCGCGCAGUCUCCUACCCCAUUCCCCUCCGCGUAUCACACCAGAUCUUCCACCCCUUGUUCGAUUUUUCGAUCGAACAGGACUACAACUCCAAUGCCUUGCCGCAGGUUACCCUCGUCCCAAAAUCCGAUGGUUCUCUCUGCCCACAAACGGUCGGACAACAAGAGCGGAUCAACUGAUCGGUGCCGCACACUCAGACAAGCUGUCACUGCGCUCCGCUGCCACCGCAUUGUCGGCAGAUGAACCCGUGAAGCCGAACACACAUGAGCAACCGGAUAUGGAUGUGGAUGUGGAUGAGGACAACGGUGACGAUGAUCUGGUCAGUGAAUUGGGCUAUAGUAACUAUGUGAGAGAAGCUCCACAAGCUGAUCAGGCCGACCCAGUCGAAGUUUCCGUGGAACCGGAUGUGGAAGAAUCGAUCGGUUUGUUUGAUCAGUCCAAAUCGCACAAUAAUCAAAUUAUCGUCGGCGACGGGUGGUUGAAUUUCACAGCCGCUCGAUCGUCCACUAUGCGAAUGGUGUUUUUUUGUCAAGCCGAAAACUAUUUGGGUCGCGCUCGUUCUCGGAAAAUGGUCGUACAUCAAGUCCCGAUGCCGGAUAAAAAUUUACGGAUUGUUUACAACACUUUCCCUAUCAAACCGAAUCAAAAGGCCGUGAUCACAUGUCAACCAGAACAAGGCAUUUUUAAUCGAUUUCUCAAGGUCAAUUAUUGGGAAGUAUAUUUAAAUGGAACAUUAAUCAAUACUGUGGAUCGUUCGUGUGAGUUUCGAGGUCUACACUGGCCGACCAUUUUGUUUUGGUUAUAUGAAUUUGAUAAAGUUUAG